CAAAAUGGCGGGUGAAGAAGACGAAGUUGAUAUUGUUGGCGAUUUUCAGCUUGAAAUAGGAACAUUUUCAGGUGCAGCUGGGGAUAUUCUUAGUGAGGUACCGUUAGAAACAGCCAAACUUCUUCCCGAGUUUAGCCAGCAUCCGUGGGCGCUAGAGACAUCUGAUUCUGAGAACUUGGUAGUGGAAGCUGGUAUAGAGGAAAAAGAGAAGCGUACAUUUUCAGUACGUGGGAAAUAUAAGAGCUCUGGAAAUAAAGGCAGUUCCUCCCUUACUCAUGGCAGUACGUUAAGGGGUUCAUGGACAGCUCAGGAAAAACAUCUUUUCCUGAAAGGAAUGGAAAAUUUUGGAAGAAGUUGGUCAAAAAUCUCACAGAUGAUGGGAUCAAGAACAACGCUGCAAGUGAAGAAUUACGCCAAUCAACAUUUCAAGGGAAAGGAACGAAAGGGCGACGUGUCCUCGAGCAAGCCGGUGACGGCGGUCGCCGCUCCCUCCGUCACCGUCGCGCCGGGAGAAGUCCUCAUCAUGACGCGCGUAGAAGACUCCGACGGUGAGGUCGACAUUGAGAGCGAACCCGCGCACGGCGACGACAUCGCCGUCGACCCGGGCGGAGCCGGGAACGCCAGCGCCCUCCACGUGCGCGAGGCGGCGGCGUCGUCGCCGCGCGUCGGAGUGAGCCGUUACGCAAGCGUCGAUCCAAACCUCGUGAGCAGUUUCCGCCGCCACCGGCCCGUCGUCGCGGCGACGGCAUGCUGCGCGACGACGUUUGUGGGCGGCGUCGCCACGACGACGACGACGAGCCUCGACGAUGCCGACCUUGGCAACAUCUGUCGACUCGAGGUCGGCGAGAGAGAGACGUACAGCGAGGACGUCGGCGAGCAAGAGACGUACAGCGAGGACGUCGGCGAGCGAGAGACGUACGGAAAGGAAGUGGCUAGAUGCGCGACUUUCGCAGUAGUAUCCGGAGAAGGUGAAGGGGAGGAGGUGGGCGAGCGAGGGACGUUCACAGAGAGGGUCGGUGAAUGUGAGACCUUCCCAGAACAGGUAGAAGUGAGAGAGACUUUUGCAGAGGCGGUGGAGGUGGAGGAAACCUUCGCAGAGCAGGUGGAGGUGGGGGACACCUUCGUGGAGGAGGUGGGGGACACCUUCGUGGAGGAGGUGGAGGUGAGGGACACCUACGAGGAGGAUGACAGAGACGUGUCCGCUUGCAUUCUAGAUGAGUUGAUCGCGCAGGCGACUGGGGACGAGAGUGAGAGCUCGGAACACGACGCCGCGACCGCAACUCGCCGACAAACUUACCUUCCUGUGAUCCCGGCGUUAUGGCCGACUGAGCGGCGAAGCGUCAACGCUCACGCGUGUGAGAGAGACGGUGUUGUCGUGGCGGGCGCGCCGCACAACGCGAGGGAAAUCUGUGACGGAGGCAGCGAUCGCAGCACGCACACAGACGCGAUUCUCACAACAGCAGCAGACAACGCACAUGAUUGCAGCGUGAGAGCUUCGACUGUCAAUUCUGGGGCCGAGUUGUCGUCGUCUAACCAGUCUGCAAGUUCCGGAAGGAACUCUGCGACGGAACUCGGCUUUUCCGCGUCGCAGCUCUCUGCCGAGGCUCUCGCCGACUUGCUGACGACGGAGAUCGAGGACGCGGGUGUCUCCACAUCUCGACGCCGCGACGAGGUCGGCACGGCGACCGCCGGCGACCGCGCGCGUGUAAACGUAAUCUCUCAGCGAAGGGCUUCGCUUCUCGACGUCAUCAUCAUGAGCGCGAGCAGCCGGGGAAGCUGCGCUCCCGCCGCGACGCCGCACGAUGGCGAACGCGUCGGUUGUCACGAUGAGCUAGAUCUCCGCUUGUCUUCGUGCGAACAGCACCGUGACGACGGCGGGCCACGUCGGACGUCCGACCCCGGUGCGCUCGCGGCGGCGGCGGCGGCGCGCGCGACAGGAGAGGUCUCCUUCGAGGAGGAUUCACCCGGCUCAACGACGAAUGUGAUAUCGGAAACCCGUCCGCACCGCGGCGACGCGAGCUCUGACUGCGGGGAUAACAGACUGCGGCCCGCCGGCGCCCCCCUGCGGCGGGAACUCUCCUCCGCGGAAAGCGUCCCCGACCGGCUGCCGCGUGAAUUCGACGACGCCCCGUAUGGUGACCCCGAGAGUCGCGAAAUGAUCUUAUUGGACGACGACGCCGCGGCGGAUGCGGAGAUGGACACGAGCGCGGAGAGCGCGACCUCUGAACCCGAGUGCACGGACGCACACAUUGUAUUGGCGCCCCCUACUGAGGAAUUGUUCCUUGACAGGGACAGGAUAGUGGAGAGUGAGAGGGAUGCAUGCUUCGAGUUCUUCCAGGGAAAGGGAUCUAAGACUCCUGAUCGCUACAUGAAGAUUAGAAAUUUCAUCUUGGAUCAGUGGGACAAGUCUAAGCCUAAGUAUCUGAACAAGACCUCCCUGCGUACGGGGUUGAAAAGCUGUGGAGACGUGAACAGUGUUGGUCGAAUUCACGAGUACUUGGAGGCAAUCGGAGCUAUAAACUUUGGAUGUCCACAAGUGAAACGGAAUCGUGCCUCCGGUAGUGGGAAUCUCAAGCGGAAGGGAAAGCCGAGCGAGGAGGAGAUGAAGGCGCUGGUGGCAGCUCGGAAGGACACCAUGCGGCCACGGCGGCGCCGGGCCCCGGGCGUGUACGGAGGCUGGCUGGGUCAGAACGGUGUGGAAGGUGUCACUAUACAGCAUAAUGACGAUGACUCCGAUGAGUACGAGGUCCUGCCAGUACGAGCCAAGCGUAACCGCUCCAGCAAGUACGACCCAUUCAAGCUUGUUCCCCUCGAAGACUUCUCUGCCAUCAACCCGGCUCCCUUCAUGGUACAGGUGGACACGGCAGCGAUGCUCGUUAUCGACAUUCACGCUCACAUAUCCGGCAACGAGGUCAUCGGUCUGCUAGGAGGAAUCUACUCGCCGGAGGAGAAGGCCUUGCAGGUGGCGCUGUCGGAGCCCUGCAACAGCCUCAGCACGGGCAUGCAGUGCGAGAUGGAUCCAGUGUCACAGACUCUUGCGUGUGAGAGAAUCAGUCAGCAAGGCUACAAGGUGGUCGGAUGGUACCACUCCCAUCCUACAUUCGCCCCGAGCCCCUCUCUACGGGACAUCGAGACGCAGUGGAAGUUUCAGGAGUGGUUUGCACAAGGCGGAAGUCCCUUCAUAGGCAUGAUUGCAAGUCCGUACAACCCUGUAAAUAAGUCUCCGCUCACGGAAUUCACCUGCCUAGUUGUCAGUGACACGCUGCAUGAUGGAUACCGACUGCCAUUCCGAUUCGACUUUCACAAGGUCACUAGUGAACUCUCGGUGGAUGACAUAGCCAGCCAAGCCAUUGGCAUCGUACAACGAUACGAGGACUGUGGGAGCCGCAUUAGAAUGCUGAACUACUGCCCUGGUCUCAAUAUGACCUAUCUAGAAAAGAUGCUACGGUCGCUACAGAAGACCCUGCAGGUCGUAGAGGAGGAAGAAUUUAGUGAGCACACACUACAGGCCGUGAGAGAGGUGUUCCUGCAACGAUAUAAGCACAUGAUAUGACCACGAGUAACACGUAAUGAGAGAUAGAUGAAACAAUAAGGGUUGUUGAUAUUGUAAGGAUUGUUGUUAUGCUAAUCUGUCUCCUUAUCUUACUUCUGCCAUGACGGUUGUUUGAUCGGGCAGCAACGUUCCCAGUCUGUACAUAGAAUACGUCUACAUGCGAUGACUAAAUGGCAUUUAUGGGGACCGCGCUUUAACCUGUCAGCAGCUGUGAAUGUGUUCUUUUUUAAAUCCUGGUUGUAGAAGUAGUGGACCAACAGGUGGCAGCACAUGUUCUAUCUGUUGCAGUCUCGCAUGUUGGUUUCUGUUGUGGUAGUCUGGCUGGUUUUGGCCAAUCCAUCUCGUUUCACCCUUUGUUUGCACAGAUUAGUCAAUAAAUGAUAUUGCUAUUUUAAUUUGCACAUGUGGGAAUGGAUCCCAUGUGUAGCAAGUAUAUAUUCGGCCUAAUUUGAUAUUUGAUUGUAGUUAAUUCUACAGUGUUGGUUGAUCAAUAGUUGAAGAUACAAAAUUUCCAUUUUUUCCAUCAGAAUUUUUGUAGAUUACUUAGGCCAGCUAUUGAGGCCAUGUAAGAAGAAGAAUGUGAAGUAAAUUUAUUGAUAGGGAGAAGCAUUUUAAAUGCAAAAGUGGGAAAACAAUUCUCAUUACCAUAUUUUCUUACAUGUAUACAAAAUAUACAACUGAAAUGGGUUAAAUGACAUAGCACUCAUGCGUUGUUAAAGUGAUUACGUCACCGUAAAUACUAAAAAAAAAAAUCCACUCUUUCACAAAAUAUAAGUGAUUCUGUUCACUUUUUAGGGUUAAAUUGCUG